GUUAGCUGUUAUGCGAGCUAGUAAGUUGUUUUAAAACACAAGAUAGCGUUAAAAUAUAUUUUAAAAGGUUCGUUUACUAGUUAUAAAAUGGACUCGUCUUCACUGUGCCGUGAUCUGGACCUUGUUGCCGGCAAUGGGUGCAUUUUAACCGUUGAGCAAAGAGCAGCCCUUCAGGUUUCCCUGGUGAGUCUCAAGAAAAACCACAAGUUCACCAGAGUCUUGUUUUGGGGCAAAAUAUUAGGAUUGGAGCGCGACUACUUCAUUGCACAGGGAAGAGGAGAACAUGAGAUGAGAGACAGAAAGAACCUGUACAGUUUGAACUGCAUGGACUGGGUCCUGCUCCCUACUGUCACAGACUCCAUGAUCAAGGAAGUUUCUGGAGCUGCUAACCGUCGCUUCAAAGGAGACCCUUCAUAUGUGGAUCACACCAAGGUGACUGAGGAGAAGAGGCUGGCAGUGACAGUUCAUUGCAUCGAUGAAGACGUGUCUGUGGUUCCUCGAGGUGCCUUCAUCAGGAGGCCAAAUGGCCUUGUCCAGAUCAACCGCAGCUUUGGUGGUCUCUCUGACUCAGAAGCACAUAGGCUUGAAAAUUUUGUGCACUUUAGCAAACCAAAGGGUUUCAAGAAAUCGAUCCCAGCGGCUGACUUUCUGGAUACCAUAGAUGAUGACAUUCCCAAAGGAUCAUGGAGUCUUCAGUUUGAGGGUGUGGGUAAAGUAUGUGUGCUGCGCAGCCUUCUGUGGCUUGGACUGACCUUCUACCAUGUGCCAAUGACUCCGCAGCACGGCUACAUCUACAUGGGAGAUGGGAUCAAAAAUGUAGACCUUCCCUUCAUGCUGUGAAAGAGACCCCUUAUAUUUAAUUGUUCAGAGUUCUGUUACUAUAUGUUCUCUAUGUUCUAUAUGUACUAUAUGUUCUGUUACCGCACGGCUACAUCUACAUCCGAGAUGGGAUCAAAAAUAUAGAGCUUCCCUUCAUGCUGUGAAAGAAACCCCUUAUAUUUAAUUUCUCAAGAGUUCU